AUGACUAACGGGCCAGUAGACGAAAUAAAGCAUAACUUUGUCUAUCUCGACAAGGCGUUAUCUGGGUAUGAUGCGCGGUUCACGCUAAAGGUUCUGCGUGGACUUCCGGCUCUACGUCGACAGCUCGACUCCGAGGUGCUCGGCGAGAUUAUCAAGAGCACCUACCCGCAAAACGACCCUGCCGGCCAGGAGCUGUUGCGGGUGGUGGCGAGUGGCGAGGCAGCUGGCACUGUCGCGACAAAAAUGAGCGACGGUACUGAGGACGCGGUAAUUGAGCUGCCAAGCCCUGAAACGGAUGCCUAUGUGCAUCUGUUGGUUCAGAUCUGGUUGCUGCAUCGCGAUGUUCCCGAUCAGUUCUACACCUUCUCGCAGACGGCGCUUGCACAUUUGCGCAAGUACGACCGCCGCUCUCUCGACUUUGUUGUGGCUAAAAUCUGGUUUUACUACGUGCGGGCCGCGGAACUUACCGACAAUCUAGAGCAUGUCGUUCCCCCGCUCAUGGCCGGUCUGCGCACGGCCACGUUACGCCACGACGCCGAGACCCAGGGAAUGUUGGUGAUUCUCCUGCUGCGUAGCUAUUUGCUGCUCAACAAGAUUUCCCAGGCCGCCGGUAUUAUUUCAAAGACGUCUUUCCCGCCUGCUGCCAGCAAUUCGCUGGCGGCUCGCUACUACUACUAUCUGUCGCGGGUCAGCGCUAUUCAGCUUGACUACUCUAGCGCUUUUGAGCAGAUCACAGCGGCAAUCCGCAAGGUCCCCCAGUCUCCAGCGUCUAUUGGCUUUUUACAAACUGCCCACAAGUUGAGCAUUGUUAUUGAGCUGCUGAUGGGUGAGAUCCCCGACCGUGAGGUGUUCAAGAAGCCCGAGUUCCGUCGCUCUUUGGCUCCCUACCUUGCACUUACCCGAGCCGUUAGGGCAGGUGAUAUUCAACAGUUUGGCAGUGUUCUGGUUGCCGAGGCGUCUGCUCUCAAAGCUGACCACAAUUACGCCCUCGCCUGCCGUCUGAGACAGAAUGUCAUCAAAACCGGAAUUCGCAUCCUUUCUCUUACUUACUCUCGCAUCUCGCUCAAAGAUAUCUGUAUCAAACUCUGCCUUGAUGGCGAGGAGAGCGCAGAGUACAUUGUGGCCAAGGCGAUCCGUGAUGGUGUCAUCGACGCAGAGAUCAACCACCAGUACGGAUACAUGCAGUCUAAAGAAGUCACGGAUAUCUACUCGACUGCCGAGCCGCAGUAUACGUUCCACGAACGCAUCAAAUUCUGCAUGGCCCUACACGAUGACAGCGUCAAGGCUAUGCGCUAUUUGAGCCCAGACCACGCUGCUGACCUCAAGGAGGCAGAGGAGGCUCGUGAGCGGGAAAAAGAACUCGUCACCGAAAUCCAAGAGGGUACAGAUCUUGAAGACGACGACGAUUUCGAGUUAUAG